AUAAAGUAAUGCAUACCCAGCUUUUUAUUUUAUAGUUAUAGUAAUUUUUUAAGAAAAAAUUUUGAUCAAAAUUUCUGGAAAUUCUUCAUAGUUUGAAUUGUUUUCUAUCUUUCAGUCGAUAAAGGAAAAUUUUCAAUGACCAAUAUUGCAGCAAUGGCUGAUGAAUCUUCAAAUAAUUUCGAUAGUAAACCAAAGUGUGGAUCAUCACAACAAGUAUCAACUGAUUCAGCAGAAGUGAAACAUUAUGCUGAGCUAGGUUUGAGAAAAUUGUCUUCAAACUAUGGAGGCACAAAUGAGCUUAUUAUGACGGAAAUAAUCAGUGCGACUCAUCAAAUUGUUGCUGGAUCAUUGCAUAAAAUUCGUGUUAAAUAUGGAGAAAGUAAUUGCCCUAAGGGCAAAUCUGAUGAAACAUUUUCACUCGCUGAAAAUAGUCCUAUCAAAGAGUGCUUAAUCAGUGUCUGGUCAAGACCUUGGAUAAAAGAAAAUCCCCUUGAGAUCGACGUUAAAUGUGACUAGAAUAAUAUAUUUUUUGAGAUAUUGAGACUAAGAAAAAUAUAUAUUCUAUUGUAAAAAUCUCUUACAUUCCAAAUAAUGAUAUUAAAUUAUGUUAAUGACCACUGGCUCUUCCACUUAACGUUCUUAUUUUGUGAAUCAUAAAUUUCUAAAAUGCAAUAGUUUAGUACAUUUAUUAUAUAAUAUUUUUAUAAUAAUGAACAAGAUUAAAGUGUAUUGUAAAGAUUAAUAAUAAUCUUCUAGUAUAAGUAUGUUUGUCCAUCAAUAUAUUUUAUAAAUUGCAAUAUACACUAAGUUUUUUAACCCCAUUUUCCAGAAGUA